AUGCAUCCUCAUCUCCACACAAAGAACGCUCUGGCGUGCGAGGAGGUUAUCGCCGCCCUCGAGCAGUGCCAUAGCCAGGGCUUCAUGCACAAGGCUGUCGGCAGCUGCAACGAUGCCAAAGAGGCAGUAAAUGCAUGCUUAAGGAUCGAACGAUCAAAGAUGCAGGCGGAUAAUCGUAACGCUGCCAGGUCAAAGCGCGACAAGAUCAAGGAGCAGCAGCGCGAGCUGGGGCUGUAG